GCGGGAGGAGGGACGCGGGCGAAGACAGGCAGCCGGGGACCCGAGAGGUGAGUCCUGUGGCGCCCUGAGUGAGCCGGGAGGAGAGUGUUGCCUGGAGUGCCUGCGCCCCUGGAAGCCUUCCCGAAUUCGCGAACCGGGAGCGCGGAUGCCAUCCGCGCCCUGAAAUGGGGUCAAGGAACCUAAGCGAGAAGUAGUACUAAAGAGGUCAGGUAGCGCACGGUCCUUGAAUCCAAGAUUUCAAGAGAACGCACGAAGCACUGUUUAUAUUGGAAUUGGAGAUAUCUGCCUGUAGACAAAGGUGUCUAUUAUACACAAUGAGUGAUACAAGAACUUCACUUGAUAUUGAAGAGUACCCCGAUUGGGAGGUACAGAAAAACCGAAUACUAACCCUGGAAGAAUGGCAGGACAAGUGGGUGACCCACAAAAUUGGAUUUCAUCAAGAACAAGGACAUCAGCUGUUAAAGAAACAUUUGGAUACUUUUCUUAAAAGGGAGAGUGGACUAAGAGUAUUUUUCCCUCUUUGUGGAAAAGCUGUUGAGAUGAAAUGGUUUGCUGACCGGGGACACAGUGUAGUUGGUGUGGAAAUCAGUGAACUUGGGAUACGGGAAUUUUUUAUGGAGCAAAACCUCUCUUACUCAGAAGAACCAAUUGCUGAAAUUCCUGGCACCAAAGUAUUUAAGAGUUCUUCCGGGAAUAUUUCAUUGUACUGUUGCAGCAUUUUUGACCUUCCCAGAGCAAAUAUUGGCAAAUUUGACAGGAUUUGGGAUAGAGGAGCAUUAGUGGCCAUUAAUCCAGGUGAUCGAAAAUGCUAUGUGGAUAUCAUGUUGUCCCUACUGAGAGAAAGGUUUCAGUACCUCCUGGCUGUUCUUUCUUAUGAUCCAACAAAACAUGCAGGCCCACCAUUUUAUGUGCCAGAUACUGAAAUUCAAAGGUUGUUUGGUACAAAAUGCAAUAUUCUUUGCCUUGAGAAGGUCGACACUUUUGAAGAAAGACAUAAAACUUGGGGAAUUGACUACAUCUUUGAAAAAUUGUAUCUACUUACCGAAAAGUAAAUGAAAUAUAACUAAAAUAAGUCA